AGGCCCCUGUUCCCAAGGCUGGGCUUCCUUUGCUUUUUCCUGAGCCUUGGCGAAAGGGCUCCAGUCCCAGGCGGGAGACAAAAGCUUUGGAUGAAUGGCCAAGGGCUGCUGCUGCUGCUCCCAGCCUCCCAGCCACACAAAGGGAGCCAGGGACCACUCACGGCCUCCCUCCCUCCCCCUUCCUCCCAGCCUGGGUCCCUCUGCCUUCAUGGUGGAGAGGGAAAAGGCCAUUGCAAAGUAGGGCAGGGAAGCCUAAAGAGCCCCUCUUCUUCUGCCCCUUUCUCCAUCAGUAGGGAGCCUGGGAGCCCCUCAGCUCCAGCCCAGCCUUGGCUGAACUUUUCUGAAGGAGUCCUUUUCUUGUGAGGCAUUCCUUCCUCCCUUCUUUCUCUCCUCCAAAGGGGAGACACCAUGACCGAAGAGAGCAAAGGGGAAGGGAAAGGCGAGAGCGGGAAAGAUGGGGAGAAGCAGCUUCGCCUCAGAGUCUGCGUCUUGAACGAGUUGCUGAAGACGGAGAGGGACUAUGUGGGCACUUUGGAGUUUUUGGUCUCGGCAUUCCUUCACAGAAUAAUGCAAUGGGCUACUUCCAAAAUUGAUAAAAACAUUACAGAGGAAACAGUUAAGAUAUUGUUCUCAAAUAUUGAAGAUAUUCUUGAAGUGCACAAGAAUUUUCUAUCUAGUAUUGAGGAGUGUCUGUAUCCUGAACCUAAUGCUCAACAUGAAGUGGGAAACUGUUUUCUUCAUUUUAAAGACAGAUUUCGUAUCUAUGAUGAAUAUUGCAGUAAUCAUGAGAAGGCACAAAAACUUUUGCUUGAACUCAACAAAAUAAGAACAGUACGGACUUUUCUACUGAACUGUAUGCUGCUAGGAGGACGUAAGAAUACUGAUGUACCAUUAGAAGGUUACUUAGUAACACCAAUCCAGCGAAUAUGCAAGUAUCCACUUCUUUUGAAGGAGUUGCUAAAGCGCACUCCCAAAAAGCACAGUGACUACUUUCCCUUAAUGGAAGCUCUCCAAACUAUGAAAGCUGUUUGCUCCAACAUAAAUGAGGCCAAGAGACAGAUGGAAAAAUUAGAGGUUUUAGAAGAAUGGCAGUCUCACAUUGAGGGAUGGGAGGGAUCUAACAUCACAGACACAUGCACAGAAAUGCUCAUGUGUGGAGUUUUGCUGAAAAUUUCAGCAGGAAAUAUACAGGAGCGUGUUUUUUUUCUCUUUGACAAUCUUUUGGUCUAUUGCAAGAGAAAGCAUAGACGACUGAAGAACAGCAAAACAUCUUCUGAAGCUCAUCGGUAUCUUUUCAGGGGCAGAAUAAACACAGAGGUGAUGGAAGUGGAGAAUGUAGAUGAUGGUACAGCUGACUACCACAGUAGUGGCCACAUUGUUCUCAAUGGUUGGAAGAUACACAACACAGCAAAGAACAAAUGGUUUGUUUGUAUGGCUAAAACCCCUGAAGAAAAACAGGAAUGGCUAGAAGCUAUUCUAAAAGAACGAGAAAGAAGAAAAGGGAUGAAACUAGGUAUGGAACAAGAUACUUGGGUGAUGAUCUCAGAACAAGGAGAGAAACUUUACAAAAUGAUGUGCAGACAAGGAAACUUGAUCAAAGACCGAAAAAGAAAAUUAACCACUUUCCCAAAAUGCUUUCUUGGAAGUGAGUUUGUGUCCUGGUUGUUAGAAACUGGAGAGAUUCACAGACCUGAAGAAGGUGUACAUCUUGGUCAGGCUUUGCUAGAAAAUGGCAUUAUCCAUCAUGUUACUGACAAGCAUCAAUUUAAACCUGAACACAUGCUCUACAGAUUUCGUUAUGAUGAUGGCACAUACUAUCCAAGAAGUGAAAUGCAGGAUGUUAUUUCCAAGGGUGUAAGAUUAUACUGUCGUCUACACAGUCUAUUUACUCCUGUGGUAAGGGAUAAAGAUUACCAUCUACGAACCUACAAAUCUGUUGUCAUGGCUAACAAAUUGAUAGACUGGCUAAUUGCACAGGGAGAUUGCAGGACAAGAGAAGAAGCAAUGAUCUUUGGAAUAGCACUUUGUGACAAUGGAUUUAUGCACCAUGUGCUGGAAAAAAGUGAAUUUAAAGAUGAGCCACUUCUCUUUCGUUUUUUUGCGGAUGAAGAAAUGGAAGGUUCAAACAUGAAGCACAGGCUCAUGAAACAUGAUUUAAAAGUAGUGGAAAAUGUAAUUGCAAAAUCACUGCUGAUUACAUCAACUGAAGGAAGCUAUGGUUUUGGCUUGGAAGACAAAAACAAAAUGCCAAUAAUUAAAAUAGUGGAGAAGGGAUCAAAUGCUGAGAUGGCAGGUCUGGAAGUUGGGAAAAAAAUCUUUACCAUUAAUGGUGACCUUGUUUUUCUGAGACCCUUCAGUGAAGUGGAUAGCUUUCUGAAAGCAUGUUUAAGCAGCAGAAAACCCCUCAGGGUACUUGUGAGCACAAAACCAAGGGAGACAGUGAAGAUACCUGAUUCUGUGGAUGGUCUUGGAUUCCAAAUACGAGGCUUUGGUCCUUCAGUUGUCCAUGCUGUGGGAAGAGGAACUGUGGCUGCUGCUGCUGGUCUUCACCCUGGACAGUGCAUAAUCAAAGUGAAUGGAAUUAACGUCAGCAAAGAAACCCAUGCAAGUGUUAUUGCCCAUGUCACAGCCUGCAGGAAAUACAGACGUCCAAUGCAUCAAGAUGCUAUUCAGUGGGUAUAUAACAGCAUUGAGAGUGCCCAGGAAGAUCUGCAGAAAACAAAUUCUAAACCUUUGGGGGACAAUGGAGGAGAUGGAUUUGACUGCAAAGUAGAAGAAGUAAUUGACAAAUUUAAUACUAUGGCAAUAAUUGAUGGACGGAAGGACCAUGUCAGUCUAACUGUUGAUAACGUUCAUCUGGAAUAUGGUGUAGUUUAUGAGUAUGACAGUACAGCUGGAAUAAAAUGUCAUGUUUUGGAGAAGAUGAUUGAACCCAAGGGCUUUUUCAGCUUGACUGCAAAGAUUCUUGAAGCACUAGCAAAAAGUGAUGAGCAGUUUGUGCAAAACUGUAACAGCCUAAAUACUUUGAAUGAAGUAAUAUCUCCUGACCUGCAAAGUAAAUUCAGCACCAUUUGCAAUGAGAAAAUGGAACACAUUUGCAGAAGGAUCACUAGUUACAAAAAGUUUUCACGGGUAUUAAAAAAUCGAGCUUGGCCUACCUUCAAGCAAGCCAAGUCAAAGAUUUCACCACUACACAGCAGUGAUUUCUGUCCGACUAACUGCCACAUCAAUGUGAUGGAAGUUUCAUAUCCUAAAACUUCAACAUCAGUUGGCAGUGCCUUUGGUGUUCAAUUGGAUAGCAGAAAACAUCUUUCACAUGAGAAAGAGAACAAAUACACUGACCAUGGUAAACUGAGUCCCAUGGUUUAUGUACAGCAUACAAUCACUACUAUGGCAGCUCCAUCUGGACAUUCCUUAAAUCAGCAGGAUGGCCAUGGAUUGAGAUACCUGUUAAAAGAAGAGGACCUGGAAACUCAAGAUGUCUAUCAGAAAUUGUUGUGCAAAUUGCAGGCUGCACUAAAAGAAGUGGAAAAUUGUGUUUCACAAAUAGAUGACCUUCUCUCUUCAAUAACAUAUUCUCCAAGAUCAGACCGUAAAACCCAUGAAACAUUAACAUCAACAGACAGUGAUAACGAAAAAGGAGAACGCAAUGGGAAAAAGGUCUGUUUCAGUGUAACAGGUGAUGAACAAGAAGAUUCUGGUCAUGACACUAUUAGCAACAGAGAUUCAUAUAGUGACUGCAACAGCAACAGGAAUUCUAUUGCUUCUUUUACCAGUAUUUGCAGUAGCCAAUGCAGUUCUUACUUUCACAGUGAUGAAAUGGAUUCUGGUGAUGAACUUCCUCUGAGUAUACGCAUCUCCCAUGACAAGCAGGACAAAUUGCAUGGCUGUUUGGAGCAUCUUUUUGGUCAGAUAGAUUCAAUUAUUAUUCUACUGAAGGGACCAGCAGUAGCAAGAGCUUUUGAGCAGACGAUGUUCUUCACACCAGGUCGAAGCUUGCAAGAAUUUCAGCAGGAAAUUGAACUUAAACUCAGCUGUCCAAAACAACUCAGACUUCAUAUCAAGCAAGACCCUUGGAAUCUUCCCAGUAGUGUCCGGAAUCUUUCCCAAAGCAUCAGAAAAUUUGUUGAAGAGGUGAAAGCAAGGAUCCUUUUGGCACUUCUUGAAUAUACAGAUAGUGAGAUACAGCUCAGGCGAGACAUGGUUUUCUGCCAGAGUCUAGUGGCCACAGUUUGUGCUUUCUCAGAGCAACUAAUGGCUGCCUUAAAUCAAAUGUUUGACAGUACCAAGGACUGUGAAAUGGAGACCCAGGAGGCCAGCAGAAGAUGGUUAGAACAGAUAUCCACUGCAGGUGUCCUCCUUUACUUCCAGUCACUGUUGUCACCAAACAUGACAGAUGAACAGGCCAUGCUAGAAGACACAUUGGUGGCACUGUUUGACUUGGAGAAAGUUACAUUUUAUUUUAAACAAUCUGAACAAGAGCCUCUAGUUGCAAAUAUGCCAAUCACAUAUCAAGCAGAAGGAAGUCGGCAAGCCUUGAAAGUUUACUUUUAUCUUGAUCGUUAUAAUUUUGAACAGCUUCCUCAAAGACUGCAGAAUGGUGGAGGUUUUAAAAUUUAUCCAGUCCUGUUUGCACAAGCACUAGAAAGCAUGGAAGGCUAUUAUUAUAGAGACAAUGUAUCUGUAGAAGAAUUUCAAGCCCAGAUUAAUGCAGCUUCAUUGGAAAAAGUAAAACAGUAUAACCAGAAACUCAGGGCAUUCUACCUGGACAAGUCAAAUCUUCCACCUAAUUCCACAUCAAAAGCUGCUUAUAUAGAUAAGCUGAUGAGGCCCAUCAAUUCUUUGGAUGAACUUUAUCGGCUGAUGGUAUCUUUCAUACAAUCUAAGCGCACAGCAACCUGUGCUUACACAGCCUGUAGUGCGUCUGGAGUUGGACUGCUGUCAGUUUCUUCAGAACUUUGUAGCAGACUUGGAGCUUGCCAUAUCAUCAUGUGCAAUAGUGGAGUACACCGUUGUACUCUGAGUGUUACUCUAGAGCAGGCUAUAAUUCUUGCUCGGAGUCAUGGCCUACCUCCUCGUUAUAUCCUGCAAGCUACAGAUGUCAUGCGCAAACAGGGAGCAAGAGUGCAGAACACAGCCAAGAAUUUAGGAGUUAGGGACCGAACACCACCAUCUGCUCCAAGAUUGUACAAGCUGUGUCAGCCACCACCUCCUGUUGGAGAGGAGUAAAGCCUCCCAUCUGAGGAAUAAUCAAAAUGCCAGUUUCCAUGACACUGAAAAAACGUGAACACAAUGGGCUCUGAUAGAAUGUGCUUUGAGUACUGAUCAGCUGUAGCACUUAGCACUGGAUACAGCAAUCUGUUAAAAUACAACUGUGCUACUGACAAACAAAUACUUCUGAGAGAAAAAGAAUAUUUGAAUGUGAGCUGCAUGCUCUGUAAUUUUAAACCUAGGACGUUUAUACUAGAAUAAGGUUGCAUUUGAAUUGAUUGCUUCAAAAGUGCCAGUCACUCAGUUAUGCACUAGUAACUACAUGAACAUAAAGAUGAAGUACAAAACAGAGAGAAACACUGUAUGACACAAUUUGAUAAACCGAUGCCUUGAUCUAAAGGGUGAUAAAGCAAUAAGCCAUUUAAAGUUGCUACUGUAGACUGUAGUUCUUCAAUACUCCCUGCACUCCUGAUAGCAUUCUCAUUUUCUAAAUUGUAAACUGGAGCUGUACAUGAAAUUGUUUUUGUGAAGAUGUAGUGAACACAUUGAAAUAGAAGUCAACUGUAUUUGUGAUACAUUGGUAACAGCUAAAGGAAUUUAGUGAGCAAUUUGCAUGACUUGGCAGUAGUGACAUUCAUCACAAUGAGAUGAGAGAUUAGAAGUGACAGUCUGAUUCUGCUGAGUCAAAAUUCUAUUCACUGUUCUUAAGAAAUUGUUUGGCAACCACAGACAGUGUUUCCUAUGACAGAUAGGGCUUCCGCAUGAGAUCAUGCUGACUAUGUAGACAAUUCCGCUAAAAAUAUUCUUAUACAUUUUUUGUAUUUCCAAAUUCUGGUGUACAUUUAUGUGAGAAUAUAGAUGUUUUUAAGCAAGGAAAGGUCACAGCAAUGUACAUGUGUUUUUAAAAAGCUUAUAGCAAGUUCUUAAAGCAUGGAUACCCCUGCACCCCACAAAUAGUCCCCCCCCCCCCAGUGUAUUCCAUUUUACUUUAGAAAACUGAAACUCAAUUUAUGUUGCAAACAAUCCUGAACUGCAAGACUGAUACAAAAACCACCUGUCUAGUAAUGUACAAAAAUCAAGUUGGUCAGAAAAUUAAAAUUAAUACAAUAUAUAAAAACAAAUCAAGAAAACAAUGUUUACUUGGCUACCCAAUGUUAGAAGCAAGAUUCUAGACUGACAGUUGAGGAUUCUAAACAUUGCAUGCUUACUCUGAAGUUCCCCAAUAGCUCUUCCCUUCUGGAAGAGAUCUGGGGACAGGGAAUCACUUUUGCUUACAGUUUACCUUCUGCUGAGAGAUGGAUGGGAUUGCAUGCAACCUCCAAGAGGUCAGUUAAACAGCAAAAAACCCCAUAUUCAUACUAGGAAAGAAGCAGGACAGUUUGAAAAUUUUCACACUGGCGCUUACCGUGGGUUAAGCACCGGUAAUGCACUGGUGAAACAUCCCUGAAGCAUCCUUGAAUCGUUCGUGGAACAGCCAAUUCCUAUUAACACAAAGUUCCCAUUAAUAGGAAAUGGCUGCUCCAUGAACGAUUCAAGGAUGGUAGAGGUGAGGGGACACUUCACUGAUGUUUCAGAAGUGAGACUGGUUUUCACACCCUCAUGAUUCAGGGAUGUUUCACCAGUGCUUUACUGGUGCUUAACCCCCCGUAAGCACUCGUAUGAAAAUCUUCUUUAUAUGCCACACUAAACAUGUUAUUUGAUAACUUUUAUUUCAUCAUGGUUAAAACAAAUGGUAGUUUCUUAUGUUCUAAUGCAUAAAUGCACACCAGGUUCAGGAUAUCUAUGUUACAGUAGCAAUUUUUAAUCCUAAUUGGUUUGAAUGACAGUGUCGUUUUAUAUCCCGGUAUGGAUCUGCAUAAUCUAUAUAUGGAGAUGCGUAGUGACAUGAUUGUGUCUCCUUUGCUGGAUUAUGAUGGUAUGCUAUAUAUAGCAAAUAACUGAUCCUCUACUUCUAAAAAAAAUGUAGCAAGCAUAAUUCGUUUACUGAACUAUAACUAGUCCUUGUAUAUGUUACUUUCAGGAUAUUGAACUUUGUUUCAGUAAAGAUAUUGCUUAUCUUUGAAAGUAUCAAGGAUAUAUAUGUGUAGUAUCAGUUUCUAAAAUGCAAAAUUGAUCCCAAAUUUUCUAUUGAAAACUCAUAUUAAACUUAAUCUUUCAGACUGGGCUCAGAAAUAAAUGUUGUUUUUAUGCUGCAAAUAUUUGCUUAGAACUGAAACCCUCACUUCUGGAGAUGAUGAAAUGCUGCUACAGUUCAAAGGGAUAAUUUAGCAUACUCCAAUAGUGCCUGAAAGAUAUUUUUAGUUUAGACAUUCUUCAGUAUUGUUGGCUGUGGUCCUGUUAUUAUUCCUAAAGUAUCAUGCAUGCUCCACCAUUCAUAUAGACUAAUUUUAAAGAUUAUAGCAACAGUAUAUGUCUGUAGUAUUGUGUACAUAGUGUAAGAAAUCCAUUACAUCUGUAUGUCCAUUGAUAAAAACACAUUCAGUUAUAAUUUUUCCUAUGGUUUUAAUUUUAGCAUUACUAGAUUUUCUAGAUGGAGAAUAUAUUUUUGUAAUUACCCAAUAAGGAGUCUAGAAUAUUGAUGCUUUUUAAAAGUAUAAAUAUGUAUGUAAAGACAUCUACAAAGCAUAUUAGUAUUUUCUUCUACAUCUACCUUACUUGUACCUAUAUACUUCAACUUUUGUUACAGGUAACACUGAUAAAUAAAAAUGAAGUCUCCAUUAAACUUUGAUUUGAAUAAAUUUAUUUUUCUACAUAAUAUAUUUUUAUGUCCAUUACUGAUGAUUACUUAUAGUUUAGCCUAAUACAUUAUAUUUUUAUUAGAUACUUAUAUU